AUUGUGACGCACGACGGAGCGAUUCCAUUUAUUUCCACAAGACUUCCACGAAAGCAUCAUACAUUGUUGGACCUACGGUGUGAAGAUGGACCAGAGUGGCUGCUCCAAAUCUGGAUCUUGUAACUGCGGAGAUAACUGCAAAUGCACCAACUGCUCAUGCGCACACGACAAGAAAAGUUGCGGCAGUUGUCCGUCUGAGUGCAGUAAGGGCAAGAAGGACUGCGAGAGCGCGUGCAAGGACAAGGAGAAAUCCUGCGCCACACACUGCUGCAAAUGAAGACCCACAAAUGCGCUGUGACACCACAUGUGCUCCUUUAAUAUUAAAACCCAUUCUGUCUAGUU